AGCGGAAGUUGUUUAAAUUCGGCGGUAUAGCGCUCUCUGUUUACUGAAGAAAAAAGACAAAUAAACAACAACAGCAACAAAAAAAAACCCCACAGGAAAUAGAAAUCAUGUCCAAACUCAAAAGAAGAAAACCUGCGGUGGAGGAAAUAAAACCUGCAGCCCAGUUUCGGCGCACAGCUCGGAGUGAGAGUCUGCGCAUCCCGGACGCAGCGCUGCACACGCCAGCUGAGGGUUCUCCUGCAGGUUCAGGAUCUUUAUGGUGGACUUCAUCUGAUCUCUCAGAUGUGGAGAAGCUCUGGAUGGAAACACUGCAGGCUUUCUGUUCACAGUUUACAUCUCAGGACAUGAUGCUCUGUGUUCCUCAUCUCCCUCAACACUCUACGAAAGAGGAGGAAUGGUUUGAGCGGCGCUGGUGCAGUCUGGAUGAAGGUGUUGCUCCCUUUCCAAAUCCACUCGCUCCCUAUCCCCUUCCUCACUCCAGUCUCCCCCUAUCAUCUUCCGUCUCCACUCCCAGUCCACAGAACCGAACCGGCUGCUUCUCGGUCCACAGCGCUCCAAAAUCCCUCAGUCAGCGGAACGAUCAGUCUGAUGUUAGUGAGUGUGAGCAGGAUGUGAAUGGAGCCACUGCAGGAAAAUCUGGAACGGAACAUUCUGGUCCGGAGCAUGAGGGUGAAGCAGGAGCAGUGCCUGGAUCUGGAAUGACAUCUGGAUCUGAACCUGAAAUUAGUAAUGAAGCCGGAAUGUCGGAAAGAGGAUCGGAAUCAAACGGAUUAAGACUGGAAUGCUGUCCGAUGUGUCUGAUGCCGUUUCCUGCAGAGUUCUCUCAGAUGGAGUGUGAUGGUCAUCUCGCCCAGUGUUUAUCAGAGAUGAAUGUCGACAUGGUGUGGUGAUCAUCAUCAUCAUCAUCAUCAUCCUUUGUUCACGUGAUCAUGUGACAUCACACACACUGUUCUAAAGAAAGAAGUUCCAGCGCUACAAUGAACCAUCAGUAAUGUAGUAGUGAGUUGCUGUAAUUUACGUCCAUUAGCCGAGUAUAAAUAACUCACGAGGUAAUGUCUCCAUAAAUCAGUAUUCAGUGGAGUUAGCUGGUUAAUGUUACCGCCAGAGCUUCACAGUUAGCGACACUGAAACUGAACAUUCAGAUAUUCUUAAAAAUCAGAAAAUAAAUCUGAAGAUUUUGUUCUGAUGUUAAUUUCUCUCAGUUGUAGAAAGUCCUCAAAACAUAAAGACACAAGUAAAUUAGCAUAAAGUCUGCAGUAACAGGUCUACUGUAAAUACGCUAAUAAACCAGCACACACAAUUCAUUUAAUGUAAACAUGCUAACAGACACUGUGCUAAUAAACACAGGUUGAUUUUUAUAAAUCAUGUUAUUUGGAUUUCUGAGAUAUUGUUUGUUUGUUGUUUUUCCCCCCAAACCCACCAAUCAGCACACAGCAACUCAGAGCAGCUUUACAGCCAACAUUUACUGAUUUACAGUCGCUUCAUUUCAUUUCUUCAGUUUCUAUCUUCAUUAGACCAAAAACACGGUCGCGUCUCUCUGCUCAUUUACACUCCGUUAUAUAUUUAAUUUAGAAUAAUUUAUAAAACAAACACCGGAUAUAAAAGUUUCCCUGGUGCUGAAGAAGUGUGAGAUUUCAAAAACAAAACCAAGAAAAACUUAAAAACAGAAAAGCUCGUGAGAAUUUCAGUGUUUUUCAGGGUGGAUUGAUGAGGAGUGGUGUGUGAUUUAUGUGAAAUAAAAACUGGUUUAAUUUUC